UCCUGAGCCAGCUCUGACUUGCCGGGUGAAUAUAGACUCAUUGCAACAAGUGAACGGAGACUGGAGACCUUCUGCUGAGAUGGCAGGGAUGCUUAACUACUACUUCCUCAUCUGGGCUGUAAUAAUGAGGAUCUCUGGCAGGCACCUGGCACCGAAAGGAGCCUCUUCCGCCUUCCACCUGCAGUGCUUAGUGCUUUAUCCAAAGUGCAUGUCAUGCCAUUGGACUCCACAGGAUGGUGCUGCAUCCAAUACAACAUUCCACCUCAGAUAUAAGAUGAGGGGAAUAACAGAAGCCGAAGAAUGCAAAGACUAUGUCACCAGUGGCCCCAACUCCUGCUAUUUCAGCCGCACCAACCUGUGCCUGUACUUGACCUAUGAAAUCUGGGUGGAAGCUGGGAACCAGAUGUCAGAGAAGCUGAUUGUUAACACUGAAGACAUUGCUAAAACUGAACCACCAGAGGGCCUGAAGGCCACUGGAUUUGGCACCCACCUAUCCUUAGAAUGGGGGUACCCACCUGGCGUGGCAGCCUCCUAUUUCCCACUGGUGUUUGAGCUUCAGUACCAAGAACAGGGGAGUGGCGAAUGGGAGCAAGAACCUGAUGUGGGUGAGCAGACCAGCUACUCUGUUUAUGGUAUGAAGCCAGACACCGUGUACAUCCUGGCGGUCCGCUGCAAGAACUCGGAUGGGAAAGGCUUUUGGAGUGACUGGAGCACCCCAGUUAUAGUCAGUUCUGGCCAAGCCACAGCACAACCAGUGCAAGGUGAAGCACAGUGAAACAGAAGGUUCACCACACAAGGCAAUGGUUCAUCUAGCCCAGCAUGCUGCCUCUGGAAGAGACCUACAGCCAGUGCUUUGUUAACAGCAUCACAAUAGACAGGGCAUGUGAAUAUCGGGUCCCAAGAGCAGAUUUUUUUGGUGCUUCAUUUUGUAAAAACAUUUUGUACUGCUUCUUACUAAAU